AUGUCAAACUUUUUGAAUCAAUACUUUGAUCCAGAUGUUGCAGUUUUGCCCAAGGAUCUCGUAAUAGCCCCAGGAGCUGCAGCUUGCUUAGAUGCUCUUCUGUACAACAUUUGCGAUACUACAGAAGGUGUCCUGAUCCCCGAUCCUUAUUGGAAUGGCAAUGAUAUAUUCUUGCGAAUUCGUUCUCAAGCAACUCUCAUCCCUGUAACCGUCUCGACAUUCUCGGAUUCUUUCACCACUGCGCUCCUUGAUGCUCUCGACACAGCUUAUUCUACCUCUUCCGUCCCGGUCAAAGCCUUACUUAUUGCUAAUCCACAUAAUCCGCUUGGCCGCUGCUAUACCCCUUCUCUACUCGUCUCCCUCCAGUUCUGUGAAAAGCAUGAUAUUCAUUUUAUCUCCGAUGAAGGCGUAACGAUAACGCAGCACAAUUCUUCUCUCCGCGAUGCUCUAGCUCUUGCCUCUCAUAUGAAUUUAUCAACAAUGUCCACUGUAUACGCCACCUCUCUUCUCCGAUCCGCGAGGCUUCCUGGUCUUCUCUCGCCCAAAUCCCAACGCUUAUCAAACAGUUACACUCAGAUGAUUGCUCUUUUCAAAAAGUAUGACAUCAAAUAUUUUCCCUGUAACGCAGGACUCUUUAUCUUGGCAAGGAUAGUACCAGAGGGAACUUGGGAAAAGGAAUUAGGAAUGGUAGAUUCGUUUAAGAGGAAUGGAGUUUUGAUAGGGCCAGGAAAGAGAUAUCACGUUCUGGAGCCAGCUUGGACAAGAAUCUCAUUUGCGAUGGAACCGGAAGUUUUGAAUUUGGCCAUUGAAAGGAUGGACAAAGUCUUUAAACUUACCAGCGAGCAGGAAGAAUGUCGAAACCGCAAUUGA